AUGACACGAUCCAUGGCAAGUAUGGUGGACGGCCAGACGAUUGCGCUGUCCCACACCCGCGACCCUGCUGAGAUCCCCUUCGCUGAGCAUGGCGCCGAGUACGUGUGCGAGUCCACGGGAGUGUUCCUGACCACUGAGAAGGUUCAGGGUCACUUGAAGACUGGCGCCAAGAAGGUGAUCUUCUCCGCCCCUGCCAAGGAUGACUCGCACACCAUUGUGAUGGGCGUGAACCAGGACACCUAUGACCCCUCCAUGGAGUGCGUGUCCUGUGCCUCCUGCACCACUAACGGCCUGGCACCAGCAGUGCGGGUGCUGAAUGAGAAGUGGGGCAUCAAGCGAGGCCUCAUGACCACCUGCCACGCCAUGACUGCCUCCCAGCCAACUGUGGACGGCACCUCCAAGAAGGACUGGCGCGGUGGCCGCGCGGGCCCUGGCAACAUCAGUGGUGACCGCGCAGCAUGUGCAGCACGCAUCACAGCAUGUUCUGGUGUAGCGGCCGGCGCCUGA